CCUGUCUCCUCUUACCACACCUCCCACACAAGAAAAACAAUGCGUUGGCGCGUCCGCUGCCUUACUUCGUGCACCUCCGACUCCGACCUCCGCCUGAUAAUAGACCACGAUACUGCUCGCUAUGCACUUAAUUGCGGGGAGGGCAGUACGCGCGUUGCAGGGCAGAGGAAGGAGAGGUCUAAGAACCUGCGAGCUGUGUUCUUCACGAGGGUCGAUACAGAUAGUAUUACCGGGCUACCUGGACUGCUCAUGUCCCUUGCGGAUGCGGCCAGCACCACUCCCCCUCUCCCUGGUAUACCGGCUAAAGAUCUAAAACUGGAACUUCUAGGUCCCCCUGGACUUGGGUACUACCUUGCUACUACUAGGCGGUACCUUGGCAGAGGGAACCUGGAGAUUCAUCUGAAGGAGGCUGGCGCUGUUAAUGGUGAGCAGGCAAGGAAAGGGGAGGGAGAGCUGCCAGAACCCGUGUAUAAGGAUGAGAACUUGACGGUGUAUGCUGUGUCUGUUUCUCCGGCUUCGUAUCAGAUACCUCUUUCUUCUCUUCCUUCUACCCUGAAAAGGAAACACAACGAGUCUACUCAGGGGUCCAAUACAAGUUCUGCAACGGCCGAACUUGUGCAGGGCGCGGAGGAGCAGCUGGAUGUGGAGGACGUACAGCUGUACGAAGAGUAUGAGGAUGCUGAGGGUGAGGGUGAGCAAGCGGUACGGAGGGUGAAGAGGAAGCUGCGUUCUGACAACGGUCCGACAGCCACAGGCUCGAACACUUUCCUUCCUUCUUCUCUUUCCUCGCAAGAUGUCUCAACACAAACCGAUCUGACGACACCGACCACCGCAUCAACUGUCCCUGUACUAUCCGACACCGAAGAUUUGCUCAAAAAAUUCUCACAAUUGGGGUUCAACCCGUCCUCCCUUCGAGGUGCCGAAGCGCAGCUCUGGCUCCACCUGCAACUCCGAUCGAUGUUCUCCCCCAACUCAACGUACACCUUCCCCACCCCCAGCCCAACGCCAGCCAUUGACGCACGUACGCUCGUCUCCCUCCGCCGCUCUCCGUUCCCCCUCCCUCCCCGUACAGAAGCAAGAGCAAACUACGCCACCUCCUACCUCUUCCUCGGCCCACAAUACCGGGGUAAGUUCCAAAAAUCCCGCGCGGACGCGCUAGGCAUUCCACAGGGGAGGAUCCGUGGUCAGCUUACGCGAGGGGAGACGGUCACUCUGCCUAAUGGGACCGUGGUGACGCCGGAGAUGUGUAUGGACCCUCCUGCACCGGCCAGUGCGCUCAUCGUUGUUGACUGUCCUAGUGUGGAGUAUCUUCCUGGUGUGCUGAGGGAACGGGUCUUCAGACACGGAAGCAUGGGCGACAUAUGCGUCGGCACUAUCGUCCACCGUGUAGGGGAAGAUGUGCUCCGCGAUCCGGAAUACGUGAAAUGGAUGAAUUCCUGGGGUCCCGAAUGCCAGCACCUGAUCGCUAACAAGUCCCUCUGCUCAAACGACAUUACCAUUACCUCCUGUGCCUAUUUUCAGCAACGCAUGUCCACCCUCGCACCCGGUAUAUUCAGAGUGCCGCAGUACACUCUCCUACCCUCUGUCAGCCUCUGCUCCAUACCUGGGCUCCCGGGGAACUCGACCCCCCUGGUAGCAGGGCACGAGAUAAGCAUGCACCCUCACGGCCCGCUACAGGUCGUGAACACGCAUAAAGACCUAUUCCACCGCUCCCACCCCUCCUCAGCCGAGCCCGGCCCAGAACCAGACGCAGCAGCGCUCUCCUUCGCCACCGCCGUCCGCACUUCCGUCUCAAACGACCCGCGCGCCCUCCUCCCCUCUAAAGCAGGCGACGACGUCCGGCUCAUCGCGCUCGGUACAGCCAGUGCAAUGCCAAGCAAGUACAGGAAUGUGAGCUGCAUGCUCCUCCGUUACCUAGAUGGAAGGGGGAUAAUGCUCGAUUCCGGGGAAGGGACGUGGGGGCAAAUGACACGUCAUUUCGGGCUCCAAGGGCCCGAGAACGCCUACUCAGCGUUAAAGGACCUUCGACUACUCUUCCUCUCCCAUAUCCACGGCGACCAUCAUAUGGGCACAGCGCGGCUUCUCGUCCAGCGCCACAAGCUCUCCCCACCCCCAAAUCCGCUCUAUAUCAUCGCCAACUGGCAUAUCGAGUGCUACCUGACCGAAUACUCACGCGCGAUCGAAGACUUGGGGAUAGACGAUCCGGCUUACGUCCGCCUGAUCCAGACAGACGCGCUCCUCAACGCGGAAUACGAUGUGCCGGCACGUCGUUCCCCUCCGGCAGCACGUGCCCGGUAUGAGCGAUACACGACCGAGCUGCUUUCCGAGCUGGACAUGAAAGAGAUCCUCACGACCGAAGUCAUCCAUCGAGCUCCCUGUCACGCCCUUGUCUGCAGAAGGAGAGACGGGUUCUCCUUCGCCUACAGUGCGGACACCGUCCCCUGCCCCCGGCUGAUCCGGGCUGCACAAGCUGUGCGGGUCCUGAUACACGAAGCGACUUUCGCGGAUGACGAGGUGGAGAACGCCAGUAGGAAAACGCACUCUACUGCUGGGCAGGCGAUAGGCGUGGCGAGGGAGAUGAGGGCGGAGAAUACGCUGUUGACGCAUUUUUCACAGAGGUAUCCUAAGAUGCCGCAGUUGAAUCAGGCGGGCGCGCCGGGGCAGGAUGCGCUUUCUCGACCCGUACACGUGCAGGAACAGACGGCGCAGGCUAUCCCGGAGCAGGAAGAUACACCGGCGAUGGAACAGGACCAUCCCCAGGACCAACAACAGGAAGCAUCCCAAGCCGCAGAAGCCCAACUCCCCGAACUCCCCGAACUCCCAGAACUCCCAGAACCGCAAGAACCGCACAUCGCAUGCGCCUUUGACCACCUCGAUAUCCCCCUAGGCCAGCUGUGGCAAAUGGAGCACUACAUGCAAGGGGUGCUGCGGAUCCUUUUGCAGAUGGAUAGGGAGGGGGACCAGGAUGGCGAGGGGGAGGGGGAGGGGGAAGGGGAGGGGGAGGGGGAGGGGGAGGUUGAUGGCGGUGGGGGUAGGGGUGGGAUGACGAGAGCUGAAGCGGAGAGGAAGGUCAAUCAGCGUAGAGGGAGGAAGUGA